AGCAGCAGCAGCGGCGCUUCCAGCAUGGCGGGGGGCCAGGACGUGUACGGUAGUCUAGAAGUGGGGGACGGGGGGGGCACGGCGGCAGUCGGCGGGUUGGAGAAUGGAGUGGACCGCUUCCCGGAGGUUAGGGCGGGGGUGGGGGAGGAAGUGGUGGGCGGAGAGGUUGUCGUGAAGCUGAAGAAGGAGAAGAACAUCAACAUGGAGGCGGCCGUGUUGCACGCGGUUACGGACUUGGUUCAAAGCGCUGGCGUGCUUUUGGCUGGGCUGCUCAUCUGGUACGACCCUCGCUGGAAGUGGGCCGACCCGAUCGCCACGCUCUUUUUCGUCGGCCUGGUGCUGAACUCCACCCGAUGGCUGCUGAAGCGGGCGUUCAAUGUCCUCCUCGAGGGAGUCCCCGACAGCAUUGACUACGACCAGCUUCGUCACCGCCUCUUGUCUAUCGAAGGAGUUACCGACCUUCACUGCCUGCACGUUUGGUCACUAACCCUCGGACGAACCGUCGUGUCCGCCCACAUCAAGGCGACUGACCCUGAGAAGGCUCUCGUCUCAGCACAUGGGAUUUGCGAGGCCAUGGGGGUUGUACACUCUACCAUUCAGGUCCAGGUGGAUCACUGCGUGGAUUCGAGGUGCAAGCACCCGUGCGUGUCGGCGGUGGGGGGGUGCUGCGGGCCCACUGCAAUGUCUGCUCGCCCGGCCCCGCAGUGUGCGCUGUCGCCAUUGAGGGCGACUUCCGCACCAUGAGAAGGUAAUGUGUGUUAGUCGGAUUUGCUGGUGUUUUGGGCGGCAGCAACAUACAUAAGUGUGUGUUGUAUUUGCUACAGACGUUCUCGCUGCGUGCCUGGCUGUUACGGCCCAAGAUUGGUUGCUGCCGCUGCUGCUGAGGCCGCAUUGUGCGGAUGUCACCGAAUCAGCCGCACCCGGCUGGCGCUGGUAGAGCGAUGCCAUGACAGCGCACAUUUGUUUACCUAGGUCAUCGUAGCAGUAGCACGCAUCGGACGGUUCUCUCUUUUCUGGGGAGUAUGCCGCGGGAUGGUGUGAUCGCUGACAGCGUGGCAGCUUGGCUUGCCUGACGGUUCGGCGUUUGCCGCCCUCAGUUGGUCCGCACCACCUCAUGAAGUGGAGCACUGCUGAUGGGAGGGGAUUAUGAUGUUGCGGGGUUGUGUUUUCCGUUUUUAUUUACACGGCGGUUGAUGACAUGUCCGUGAUGCAUGUCCACGGGUUGAAUCCUUUCCCGCUCUGCCUCCCCCUACCCCACCGGCUGGGUAUUUUCCUUGUUUUGGGCUUUGAAUGGACUUGUUGGUGCAGCCCCACGCGCACGAAUUAUGUCGACGGCGCCGUUCGUUCUGUUUGGGUGAUGGAGAGGAGGGAGCCUUCGUGUUAUUAUGGGUGUUUGUUGGUGACGAAUGCUUCGUGUGCGUGUGUUGCGAGAGUGUUACUCGUCCCCCCGGCCGGCGAAAACACGGCAUAUUAUCUCUCCGCCUCGGCAUUGUCGGGAUGCGAGGGCAAUGGUCGAACGACUGCGGCAUGCGUUCACGUGAGUACACUACCCCCUGCUAUGCGGGAUGCAGAGCGUUCGCGUCGAAAGCAGGCACCAGGUUGUAGAGCAGAAGAAAGCGUAGCGUGGUGUGCCGACAGUUCCCGUUUCCUCAGCAUGUCGCAGACGGGAAGGGAAAGAAAGACCCACGCAAGAGUCGUUUUCUCUGACCAUUCGUUGUUGUUGUUCCAUAAAUGUUCAUUUGUGUCGACUUGUUCGGGUGAAAGGGAGCGGGCUUCUCGCUUCGCUCCUCUCCCCCGCCUCUCCGUGGUGUGUGGUUGUGAGUUGUUGUCGUUUCUUAUCCCCGGGGCUAGUGUUAGCGUUACUCGUUGGACGGGCUGUGAAAUAUCGUAUACCUUGCUUGUCGAAUCGGAUCGGGCCGCAUGCCGAGGAGAGAAGAGAAAGGAUUUAUCUAGUGUGGCUGUGGGGUUUUGGCCUUGACGGGGUCCUGAUUUUCUUGCUCGUCGUGAAGCACGACAUGGUGUCUGCUGCGGAAGGUUUGGUACGUUGCUUGUGCUGUACAACGUUCCUGUCUUGAGGCGACGCGGCUUUGUGUGCACUGUAUUUCAGAUAGAAAAAUAUUCAUACACCGCAGUGACGGUAGAGUUUGAGAUGAUACCCCGACUGAAGGUAUGUAUGAAGUCUUCAAAGCAGGGCACAGCAGCAAAGACCGACAGAAUGCCCCAAUCGAAGGGAUGUGUCGAAGCCUUCAAGGCAGGGCAAAGUAAAGUUCGACAGGAUUCCCAAUUGAAGGGAUGUGGUGAAGUCAAUUGAAGGAAUGUGUUGAAGUCUUCACAGCAGCGGUGAAAAGCACCAUUUUUUGUGUUGAGCUGAUGAAACUACCCACAGUCAGCCGUCUAACCGUCGGCGGUGGAUGUGUCCCUCGCACUAUCAGGUCGCCGUAUACAUGUCACCAAGAGAGAUAUGCGUGUGCAAGAGGCGACGACGGUGUCCGAACUUACAGAAGUGGACCGCCUUCGCGAGAAAUAAAUUAUUAUUCCCAAGCUCGGUAGUCUAGAGCUUGGAGCUUGGGUCUCUGUCGACCGAUUAUCACUUUUUCUGUCUGUGUCAUUUUCAUUCGCAUGGCCCACCCCUGGCCCGACCCGGUCUCAAAUACCGAUCUCGAGCUACAGUGCAAAUCUUGUCGCGCCUAAAGUAUGGUUCGGUAGGGAAUCGCAAACCAUCACCCCUCCCAAGUCUAAGCAGCUUCCACCUCCUGUGGCCGACACGAGUCGGCGUUGACUGUUCCUUGUCUGUUUCGUCAUGGGAAUGGCCGGUUCAACAGAGAAAGAGGGUCCUCGUGCUGCGCGCCAUUUUUUUUUUCUUCUUUUUUGCCCUUCUUGCUGAGUGACCGUUUUUUACACAACAUACGGCUGCCGUUCACGCUCGGAAUGUGCUGCAGAGCUAUAUCGUCUCUGUCGCCAUCUAUGCUCGCGUAGGUAGCGAUGCGCGUCUUCUACUUCUUUCAUUGUGUCGUCAUCCAUGAACAGCAAGCAGCACUUGAAGAGGUGAACAACACGGACGGCAACACAGACGGUCCGCCGCAACACACGAAACUCGUGGAUCUUCCUGCGUAAGUAAUACUUGAUUGACUUUGUGGGGGUGUUUUCGUCCUACCAGUAUUUAUUAUGGCGUCAGUCCCCCCAUUUUUCGUGGUGAGACGUGUUCUACACUUUUUUCUUCUUUUUACUACACUUUUUUCUUCUUUUUAUUUCUUUCAUGCCCCACCUUCCUCCGGGGUGCGUGCUGAUUUUUAUUUUGAGGAGUGGCCAAAAUCGGGUACACCCAGCCCCAAUCCGGCCAUUAUCGGGUACACUUGUUUUUCACAGGCGGCAGCGCCCUCCUGGCGCCAUCUAAUUGGCUGACGACCGCCCCUACGCGGCCCUGACCCUAUUCCCACCGGGUGCACCCGAUCUUGGCUACUCACCCACCGGAGGGUUACCCGAUCUUACUCUCGCCUACCCGAAAAUGGCUGGGCUACCCGACCAACAGACCACCAGCAGACCACGCUCAUGAAACACGUCGCCAACACCCCGCUNUACACUUUUUUCUUCUUUUUAUUUCUUUCAUGCCCCACCUUCCUCCGGGGUGCGUGCUGAUUUUUAUUUUGAGGAGUGGCCAAAAUCGGGUACACCCAGCCCCAAUCCGGCCAUUAUCGGGUACACUUGUUUUUCACAGGCGGCAGCGCCCUCCUGGCGCCAUCUAAUUGGCUGACGACCGCCCCUACGCGGCCCUGACCCUAUUCCCACCGGGUGCACCCGAUCUUGGCUACUCACCCACCGGAGGGUUACCCGAUCUUACUCUCGCCUACCCGAAAAUGGCUGGGCUACCCGACCAACAGACCACCAGCAGACCACGCUCAUGAAACACGUCGCCAACACCCCGCACUCGAGUUCCGACGCUUCCGACGGCGGGCGGAGGCGGACCUAACACGGCUAACGCGGCGGAACACUCGUUUGAAGUGGAUCAGUGGAUCUCUCUCCUGCAACGCGGCGGAACUCUCGUUUGAAGUAGAUCUCGCUCCUGCAAGUAGAUCUCGCUCCUCAACCCACCAAGUCUCUCGUGGUUAAUCUCGGCACUUGUGUCGGAACGGUCGACUGACAUCGACAGAAUAUGAGCGAUGAAGUAGAGAACACCGCGGUCCUCGCGCAAGGCGCGUGCUACUUCACCACCAGCCAUCUUAGGACAGCGUUCAUGCUCCAUGUACCGCCACUCUCUCUAUCUUUCCCCAUCUCCUGUGGCAAGCCCGCAGUUCCUUGUCUCUCCCACGUACUCACGAGAGGUCGAAGUCAAGGAAGUAUUGUCGCUGUUCAAUCUGAGGUCCCACGGCAUCCAUCCACUGCCUUCUGCUGCUGCAUUAACUGACUGUAUGUACGAUCCUCUUCCUACACAACAAUGUGUCAUAUAUCUCCGGCCUUGAUCGAGACAUAACCACGGCAUCCACUGCUUGCUGCUGCUGCAUUGCUAUGUACGGNUCUCCCACGUACUCACGAGAGGUCGAAGUCAAGGAAGUAUUGUCGCUGUUCAAUCUGAGGUCCCACGGCAUCCAUCCACUGCCUUCUGCUGCUGCAUUAACUGACUGUAUGUACGAUCCUCUUCCUACACAACAAUGUGUCAUAUAUCUCCGGCCUUGAUCGAGACAUAACCACGGCAUCCACUGCUUGCUGCUGCUGCAUUGCUAUGUACGGACGACCCUCUGCGUACACAACAACGUGCCAUACAUCUCCGGUCUUGAUGUGUCUAGAAAUGUAUUCCAGACGAAAGCGACACCCUGAUGCUCCUGUGCCUGAUACUUCCGUGGACAUCUAUCUCUGAGCUGCGUCAUGUAUUUGUGUGCAGCUGGCUCAAGUGAUCACGUGAGGUAUUGAGAGGUAUUCAUCCACCGCCGCCCGUCUGGCCCUCUCUCUCCUCCCUCUCCGAUACGAGACGAGAACCGAGAGAGUUCCGCCGUCGGCGGUGGGUUGCAGUAGGAGUCUUGCAGGAGCGAGAUCCACUUCGAACAAGAGUUCCGCCGCGUUAGCCGUGUUAGGUCCGCCU